GAUAGGCCGGUGCUUUUUCCAUCGUUCCGCCCCGGUUGGUUCGUGGCGGAGUUCAUCGCUUCCUCCGCUCCUCUCCCUCUCCACUUCUGGUGCCGCGGCGCCGCUCCUCCCUCGUGGCGGUGGUUGAUUGGGGCGGAGAUCCUCGGUUUCCUCGCUCGUCGUGCGGAGGAGGUUCGAAUCGCCUUUGGGUUUUCGCGAGGCGGCACAUUAACUGGACGAAAUGUCAGGUGGUAGGCAAUCGUACUGGUGCUACCAAUGCAGGCAGCGGGUGAGGCCUCCUGGCCGGGAAAUGGUGUGUCCUUACUGUGAUUCUGGGUUUGUUGCUGAAAUGGAUGAUGUGGAUGCUCUCAUGAGCCACUUUGUUGGGAUGGAUCCCGAUUUCCAUCGUGACCCAAGGUUCGGGAUCAUGGAGGCAAUCUCUGCUGUGAUGCGACAUGGUAUGGUGGGGAUGAAUAGGGAGGUUGAUGUCAGAGGAAGGCCAAACAUACUUUCUGACCUGGAGAUGGAGUUUGGCUCUGGGCCAUGGUUGCUCUUCCGAGGCCAGCUCCCUGGUCAUCUCUCAGAGGAUAAUGGUUUCGACGUGUUCAUUAAUGGACGUCGUGGAGUUGGCAUGCGAAGGGCAAACAUUGCAGACUACUUUGUUGGGCCUGGAUUGGAUGAUCUCAUUGAGCAAUUGACUCAGAACGAUCGUCGAGGACCACCACCUGCUAUGCAGUCCUCCAUUGAUGCUAUGCCAACUGUUAAGAUCGCUCAGAGGCAUCUCAGUGGAGACUCACACUGCCCUGUCUGCAAGGAGAAGUUCGAGCUGGGAUCGGAAGCAAGAGAGAUGCCGUGCGAGCAUUUGUAUCACUCCGAUUGCAUAGUUCCUUGGCUAGAGCAACAUAAUUCCUGCCCUGUUUGCCGUUAUGAGCUGCCAACACAGGGUUCUACUGGCGCUAGUUGCUCUCGCUCAAGAUCGACCAGCCAAAGCCAAAGCUCAAGUAGUUCAAGCAGUAGUGGGAGAACCAAUGGGCGUCAAAGGAGAAGGAACCCGUUCUCGUUCCUGUGGCCUUUCCGCUCAUCAAGUUCUAGCUCUAGUUCUCGUUAGAUUAGUCUGGUAAUCUGGUUGGAGUUCACAAUACUGUUUUAGCGAAUACGCUGGUCUAAUGGGCUCUUAUCUGUGGGAUCCUAGUGCUUAAUCUGCACUGUAUGGCUUGUUAUGAUCGCCACAUAAUGUUUCCCUUUGCAAGUAUAUUAUCUUGCUACAGUUUCAUAGCUACUCUAUUUUGUUUACUUUUGGGUUUGCAUACAAUUAUAAACCUAAUGUAUAUUUAACUCGUUUUUAUAAGGGACUAUGGUUAUUAUGUGCC